CAGCAUCAAUGAAGGGGAAUUCUCGACCUCGAAAUCCUUCAGCCGCAGCGAGGGACUCAACGAGCUCAAUAUCGAUCUCGCUGGGUUGCCUGUCGAUGAUCCUCGGGUGAUCGCAGCCAAGCACCAGGAAGAACAAAACAUGAGAAUGGUGUCGCUCAAAGGCUCGAUAUCGGGAAAUAGCCAUAAUUUGUCGGGCUCGCGCUUUGACGAGGUCGACCGUGGCAAGGAGGUUACCCGGCCCAGCCAGGCACGAUCACCGAGCUACUCUAAUGCCAGCGACAUCAAGGAGCCCAUGCCUGAGCGCCACAAUAGCGGCGGACGAAGCGACAGCGAGAUCGAAGAUGAUGAAGCGCUGAGCUUAGACGGGACAGACGAGUCGCAUUCGCAGACCCACAGCACCAGCCCCUCGGACGAUCCGACGGCCAAGUUUGCAAAUGAAUCCGAGCGCCCAACAGCACCGCAAAAGUCUGGCGCUACAGCUGGAGCAGUGUCCAGGCCACAGCAGCAGAGUGCCGGAACCGAUUCAGAGAGAGCCUCAAAAACCAACGGUAAAGGUAACCCAGCCGUCUCCAAGUCACAGAAUCCCCAGUCCACGAUGCAGUCCAAUAGGCAAGGGGAUCUUCCGCCGGAAGACGUCCCGCGAGACGUACAGGAGCUCUUUGCCUACAUUGAAGGCUAUCAGCCCGAAGUCGUUGACCUCGUGACGGAGCUUAAAUGCUUCCUUCCUGAUUAUAUACCGUCGAUCGGCGAUAUCGACCCGAUGAUAAAGAUUCCUCCCCCUCGGCCCAUCGACACAUCAAAAUCCAAGGACAGCUUUUCAGAGCUCUCACUGCUUGGCAUCACCGUAAUCGACGAGCCUGCAGCCAAUCAAACUGAUUCGGCGAUCCUCGACCUCCAACUCCGUUCGGCACACAAAUCGGCGGCCUCAGCGGCACCCCAGCACGUGCGCUCGAUCCAGUUCACAUCAACGGCUGAAAGCAAGGGCUACAAGAGCCUUUCACAGUGGAUCCAAAAUAUAUACAAUCUACAUCUUCAGAAGCCUCCGGACACAGUCACGUACUCGAAGCGUAUGCCUGAGAUCGAGACAUUGAUGGCUGAGUGGCCAGCCGAAAUUGAGUCACUGUUGUCUUCGGGCGAGAUGCAGGUACCACCGCCAGAGAUCAAUCUGCCGCUGGGUGAAUACGCAACGCUUUUGUGCGAGCUCCUGGAUGUUCCCGUGCAUCGGUCUGCAAAGUCGGAGGCGAGCUCGGGCAAGAAACCUGCCGGGGGGGCCAAAAACUCAAAGACCGCCUACAUUGAGUCACUCCACCUUCUGUUCACACUUUACUGCGAAUUCAAGGCAUCGCAACACUUUGGCAGAACCAUACAUGGCGGAGCUGAGCGGUCGGUGUAAUAGGGGUGUAUCCUGCGGACCUUGUCCAGGUGCGUCUCUGGGUUGUUCAUCAGCACAUCGCCACUAGCGUCAGGCACCCCUGUUAUUGUGCUCAAUUGGACGCAACUAUGUCUCCCUGGUGCUCAAAUGAUGAACAUUAGUGUACCAUGUAUCUGUCGCCAAAUAUCUAUUUCAAUAUAUUACUGCG